UUUUUUCCUCUUUUUUUUUUUUUUUUUUUUUUUCUUUCCUUCAUCACCUUGUUUUUUAAAUGGUUAUUAGUAACCCAUUCCGUUCUUCGAAAUGGAGACAACGAUCUACGACGGCCGAGCUCAAUGACACAGUAAUAGCAGCUCCUGUAGCGCCACCCUCACCUCCUGAUUCCACUAUCGUCAAAAAGAAUAAGCCUACACCUCCAUUUAAUUCAGAUAGCUUGUUGGAUGGUAUUGGUGAUUACAUAUUUCAAUCUCCAUUGGGUGGCGGUAAAUUUAGUAAAGUACUUUUAUCCUAUCAUUACCUGACAGGUUUAAAAGUUGCCAUCAAGAUGAUCAACAAGAAGGAACAUAAAUACCGUGUCAUGUCCAGGCUGGUACGCGAAAUUGCUAUUAUGGAAAUAUUGGAUCAUCAAAAUAUAGUUAAAUUGUACGAGACCUAUGAAACCGCUGAUACACUUUAUAUUAUUAUGGAAUAUGUUCCAGGUUAUAAUCUUGAAGAAUACCUCAAGUCAAUUGAUAAUAGCACUAUACCUGAACAGCAAGCGCGUGAUAUUAUUCGUCAGGUGGUUAGAGCUGUGGACCACUGCCAUUCUAAAUGGAUUGUACAUAGAGAUCUUAAGACUCCCAAUAUAUUAUUAACUCCAGAUCAUCAUGUCAAAAUAGCGGAUUUUGGAUUAGGAAAUAGAUUUGGUUUACAGCGUUUGAGAACCGUGUGUGGUUCGUUAUUAUACUAUAGCCCGGAAAUAAUGACGCAGCGUUCCUAUGUUGGUCCAGAGGUAGAUUCGUGGUGUUUGGGCAUCAUGUUGUAUAGAAUGACAGCAGGUCUUGAACUCUUUGCACACGCUAAAACACAACCUGAGUUAAGGAAACUUGUCAUCGGUCACCGCUACCAGUUUCCAUCUCGAUUAAGCCAAGAGCUUCAAGAGACUAUAAAAAAGUUCUUGGCUGUAGAUAGAUUUGAUCGCCUAAGUUUAAAGAAUUUUUUGAGCAACGAUCCAUGGUUCAACGAUUUUGGUAAUUUACCGGAUGUAUUUGAAGAGCGCGUACCCAAUGUAUUGUAUCAUGCGAACGAAGUGACGGAGUCUUAUGCAACAUCUGUUCGAGACGAUGACAAUACAAAGAUUCAACUAUGCUCACAAAAUAGUAAGAAGUUACAUCUACAAGAUCUUACCGAAGAAAAAAAGCGGGGCUGCAAGGUUCCAAAGACGGUAAUUUACCAUAUUACAAAUGCGUCCACGUAUUUUACGGGAACAGCACCUCAUUCUUCCCAAAACCCUAUCAAUUUGGACGCACAAAAGGUGGCAAAGGCAGAAUUACACAAUAGUACAACUCCGCACCGAAAAUAUUCGACACUUUUCACAAAAAUUUGAGUUCCUUUAGUCAUGCAUUUUUUUAAAACCAAA